GGAGAGGAGAGAGGUAGAGAGAUGUGACAAACAACGGAAACAACUUUUUUUUAAAACGUUCACUGUUUUCCUCUGUCGUGCAUUUGACUUUUCUCUACUUUGCUUACUUUUCUUUUCUCAUUUCACGGCCGUUUCGCUGCUUUACGGUCAGAGUCGUGUAUCCUGGCAACGCGAACAACUGCCCUGCGAAGUUUGGAUCAAGUGUUACACCUUCGGCCGGAAAGUAAACUGGAUAUUUACCCGCUCAACUAACGGAACCGACUCUGGGAUGCAUAUGAGCGAUUGUGGAAGUAUUUCCAACAGUUUGUAUUCAUAUUCAAUGCUUUCCGUUGUAAACCCAGUGUUUAGCGAAACGGGACAGCGCGAGACAAUAGUGGUGUAAGCUCGCGAAGGCGCGCGGGAGGGGGUCGAUGCCUCGCGGGGGCUUUGUUCUGUCCUGUGUGGUGACCCCACCGCGAGCCUGCUGCUGAUAUUGACUGGUUGGCCGUGGAUUUUAGCAGCCGUUGGUGAUUGAUAAACGGAUUUUGGAAGCCGCUGGAACAACCAUGGACGUGACUCUGUCCGAGUUACUGGCCACGUUCAUGGAGUCGCCGCUGGUGGUGUGGGUGCGGACGCUGGGUCCUUUGGGUUCGUGUGACGAAGCCGGCUCAGAGGAGCGGGUCAACAUGUUCAUGGAGCUGGUGAAUGGCGUCUUUCUGCACAAGAUCAUGACACACAUUGACCCCAGCCCAACCCAUCAGAGGCUGAACAAGAAUGUGAACAAUGAUGUGUCGCUUCGCCUUCACAACCUGACUGUUCUUACCAGACACAUCAGGACGUACUACCAGGAGAACUUACAGCAGUUAAUAGUCAUGCCCCUUCCUAACAUCCUCUGCAUCGCCAAGGAUCCAAUAUCAGCUAAAAGCAUGGAGGAGCUGAAAAGACUUUUGUUGCUGCUACUAGGCUGUGCCGUCCAGUGUGAGCGUAAGGAGGAGAUGAUCGAGAAGAUCAAGCUGCUGGACAUAGAGACCCAAGCUGCCAUCGUCUCCCACAUCCAGGAGGUGACCCAUAACCAGCUGAACGUUCUUGACCUGUCCUGGCUGGAGGAAGGAUCAGAGCUUGCACACGAAGAGCUAGAACCUGUGUCCCGCAACAUGGCUGCGUCGCUACAGCAACUGAUUGACCAGAGAGACAAAGCCAGUGAGGUGAUUGUUAAUCUGACCCAGGAGAGGGACUACCUGUCCAGUCAACAGCCCCAGGAAGGGUUCAGGAACCUGGGCAUGAGCAGCCCAGAGCGUGGGCAGAGUUCUGGAGGCGUGGGAGUGAAUAACGGUGGAUCGGCUGUGUCUGGGCUGACCAAAGAGGAGAAGCAGCAUCUGUCUGUGGAGCUUGCUGAUACCAAAGCCAAGCUCCGCAGAUACAGACAAGAACUGGAGGAGAAGACAGAGCAGCUGAUGGAUUCAAAACAUGAAGUGGAGCGACUGGAUCAGGAGUUACAGAGACAGAAACAAGAGAACCAGUCGCUCUCUUGUGAGGCUCGUUCCGUCAGAGUGUACCGGGACGAGGUAGACUCACUGAGAGAAAAAGCAUCCCGGGUUGACCGACUGGAGACCGAACUGACCAGAUGUAAAGAGAAACUCAAUGAUGUUCACUUCUACAAGACCAGAAUGGAGGAGCUUCGCGAGGACAACCUAACUCUCAUGGAGACAAAGGUGCUGUUGGAGGAGCAGGUCUCAGCCUCCAGGGGACGCUGUGAUAAACUGCAUACAUUGGAGAAAGACAACCUGUUACUUCGAGCUAAAAUACACGACCUGGAAAUGGAGAGGGACAAUGAACGUCGGAGGUUGGAGGAGCUAGUGGAGGAGAACAUGCUGCUGGAGAUUGGACAGAAACAGAGUAUGAACGAGUCCGCUCAUCUAGGCUGGGAGCUGGAACAGCUGACCAAGAACAAUGACACUAACACAGAGACUCAUAAGUCGUUGGUCCAUGAGCUGAACGAGUGCGUUUCCAGUCGAGUGUUGAAGCUGGAGAAGGAGAACCGGGAGCUUCAAUCCUCUAUAGAGAGACUGAAAGAGGAGAACCACCUCCUGCAGGAGCAGCAGCUCCACACCCAGGAGUUAGACAGGGAGAACCAAGGCCUCAGCAAGAAGUUGGACCGUCUCCAGGGUUUAUUGGACCAGGAGAGACUGACCAAUCAGGACAUGGAGUCUCUGGGAGAGGAAAUAUUGAAGGAAAAACAGACUCUGGAGAGAGAUAUGCACACCCUGAGGGCAGAGAAAGACAGACAGAUCUCAGAGUUGGAGAGUGAGAAGCAGCACCUCGCUGAUGCCGUGGCGUCCCUUCAGGAGCGCGCUCAGUCAAACAGCGAGGCGAGGGUCCGCGAGGUGGAAACCGAGAACUGCCUACUGCACCAUAACAUCACUGACACCAGCUCCCGAUUGGCCAGAUUAGAAACCCAACUCAAACUAGCCAGCGAGGAGGCAGAGAGGCUGAGAGAGCGGGCAGGGAGGUGUGAGGAGGUGGAGCGAGAGGCGGCAAGGUUGGAGAGGAGCAGAGACGCUCUGAACAGAGAGGUGGCCUCUCUACGUGCAUGCAGCGAGCGGUCAGAGGCUCUAGAGAAGCAGCUGUCCUCCCUGGAGCAGGAGGUGCACAGGUUAAAGCGGGAGGCAGAGGAGGCCCAGCGGGAACUGCAGCGACUGGGGAGGCAAGAGGCGGAGAACAGCCUGCUGUCGAAGGAGAACCUGGACCUUCGCUGCUCCCUGGAAAACAUGCGCUCCUCAUCCGCCCGCCUGGUCUCCCUACAGGAGGAGCAUAAAGAGGCACAGAGAGAGGCACAGAAUCUGCAGAGGAGGCUGGAGGAGGCCAGACAGGAGGCACAAGGAGAAAGGAAGAGGGCAGAGAGGAUGGAGCUGAACGUUGCCGCUCUGAACCAGGAGAAGCAUCGCUUAGAGGAGGAAAUACAAAGGAACAAAGAGGAGAGGGAGGAGGAAGUGCGAGAGAGGCAGGAGACCCAGGCCAGAGAAGAGGAACUGAGAAGGGAAGUAGAAGAACUGAAGGAGGAGCGGAGAAGGAGGGAGGAGGUUGAAGAGGAGAGGAGGAAGCUCCAAUUGGACUUGGAGCAGUCCGAGAAGGGCAGGAAGCAACUGGAGAAGGAGAGCUGGAAGCUUAGAACGCUGCUGGAGGGUAAAGAGACAGAGCUGGAGGAGAAAGCCCGGCGACUGGCCACAGUGGAGAAAGAGGGCGUGACUCUGAGUAAGGAAGUGGAUAGGCUGAAGGAGGUGUCCGUCAAAGCCAGGGAGUUUGAGAGGGAGCACAAGGAGCUGCAGAAACAGGCAACUAUUGACAAGAGGACUCUGGCCACUCUGAGAGAGGACUUGGUGUCAGAGAAACUGAGUGUUCAGCAGCAGAGUGUUGAGUUAGAGAGACUCAAUCAAGAACUGGAGAAGAUCGGACUGAACAGAGAAAAACUACUACAGCAAGAGCACACGCUGGAGGACAGCAGGUACAGGCUGCUGGAGUCUCGGCUUGAGGAAACUGUCCAACAGACAAUGAAGAUUAAAGAGGAGAAAAUCGCCUGUCUAGAAAAGAAACUACAACAAAGCAACACACUCAACACUAUGUUACGUGCUGAGCUAGCCACUGAGGAAGAAAACCAAAACUCACAGCAGCGCUCAGGAAACGACAGGGGUCAAGGGUCAGCCACUGCCGAACUGCUACGAAUCAAAGAUUAUCUCAUUGAUGUUGAAAAGAAUAAUGCCUCCCUGCAGAUGGAGAGCAGUCUAUUGAAGGGGCAGCUCAAACAGCUGGAGAACCAGAACACAUCUGUUAACAACCAGAUGUUGGCGCUGCAGCGACACACCACCACCCUGCAGGAACAGAAUUCAGCCUUACAUACGCAGACAGCAAAACUACAGGUGGAGAACUCCACACUCUCUUCCCAGAGUGCAUCUCUCAUGGCCCAGAAUGCUGUGCUGCAGGGCCAAGUCACCGCCUUGGAGUCAGAGGUAGAGUCGUGGCAGAGACAACGCGAGGAGGCGUGGCGAGGCAGAGAAAGCGUGCUCAGUGACCAUGAACGCCUGCUGAGCGUUCAUGAAAGGCAAGCGCACGAGUACGAGCAGCUGAUCAGUCAGCACGCUGCACUGAAAGGCAAACAGAGGGCGCUAGAGGGUGAACAUAGGACGCUGCACAGCAAGUAUUGUAUUUUACUGCAGCAGAAGGAGAAAUGGGAGGAGCAGGAGGGGCAUGGUCGAAAAGAGAAGGAGGACCUAAACCAGGAGAUCCAAAAGAAUCGGCUACUACAGCAAGAGAAUCUACAGCUAAAAACAGAAGUGGACAGAAUAACCGAGAGCCAAUCACAGCAAUCAGAGCAAUGUGAAGUGUUGCAGCAGCGCAUGAAUGAACUCAAAAGCUCAUUAAGCGCCUCCCAGCUGGAAGAGAGUCGAUGGAUGGCGCAAUAUGAUUCGCUGAUGGAGCAACACCAGGGCCUGGAUCUAACCAUGACCAAACUAGACAACCACUGUGAGCUGUUGAGUCGACUGAAAGGGAACCUGGAAGAGGAGAACCACCACCUCCUGAGUCAGAUCAACCUGCUGAGUCAGCAGAACCACACUCUACUUGAGAGGAGCAUGGAGAGCAAAGAGCUGUAUCACCAGGAACAGAAACUCUACAUUGAUAAGCUGAAUGCUCUUCGUCGUCAGAAAGAGAAACUAGAAGAAAAGAUCAUGGACCAGUACAAGUUCUAUGACCCCACACCUAAAAAGAGGAGUCAGUGGUCUGGAGCCAAAGCUUUAGCCAAACUGAUCAAACCCCGAAAGGAGAGCAGCAGCAGGGAGCGAGGGGCCGACCGUGACAAGGAAGGAGGCAAAGAUAGAGAACGAGCAAAGAGCGCCCAAGACAUCCCACUACCUUCCCCGCCUCCCCUCCUCCCUCCUAUAACCCCACCACCACUUGCCCAGCGCACAGGAAGUGACAUGCAGGACAGCGGCCAUGCCCAUAGUAAUCCUAACAACCACAUCGCCAGCACCAGCCUGGGACCCCAGAGUCCAGCGCUCACGCCCAUCAGCCGAGGUUUGACUGACAGAGGCUGGGGUGUUUAUCGUAGCAGUACUCCAGGAGGCAGCAGUGAGAGUGUCAAUGGAGAGGAUGGACAUGGACAAGGUCAGAGCCAUAAAGCUCUGAGCUCUACUCCGAGCCAUCAUUCAUCCCCAUUGGGCCUAACUAACAACUCCAGCUCCAGACUGGGACAAGGCCCCGGCCGCAGGCCUAGAGGGUUGUUAUUUGAUGAAGACUCCCGCCACAACUCCUCUGACUCUGUGUUUGGUCAUCAUGGCAACGUGGGAGGUCGCCCGGGGUCAGCAGACUUCAGCCACAACACCUCCAGCUCCAACUCACCUGUCAACUGCAGAGACCCAUCAGAUCGUCAGGCUCGCCCAUCCAGCCUCUCAAGUGAUGAUGUUGUGGGUCUCAGCCAAUCACAACAGACUCUGUCACGUAGUUCCACCCUUCCAUACGACCACACGCCGCAGAGGGCCCAACCACAGCCCGGAGGCGGGGUGAGGUCUAAGACCCGUCCAUCUUCCCCAGGAAGUGAGAUGGUGUCGCUGGAAGAGUUUCUACAAGAGAGCAACCUAAAGUCACCUCCUAUGGUGUCUACAGGAAGCAGGGAGGACUUGAUGACUGACUAUUUCACCAGAAGUCCCGCCCCUUCGGUUCCAGCUGGCAGAGAUCAGGUGACUCCCACCAGCUAUGUCACGCCCACUGUACAGUCAUCUAACCAGAGGCCAGGCCAGAGCGUCAAGCCCUCGCCCCGCCAGCCUGUAGGCCAAUCCCCGGCCUCGGGCAUGGCUGUCACCCAGAGAACUAGCCAGUCACUGAGCAGGACCUUCAGCCUGGCCUCAUCUGAUUUGCUGCGCUCCAAUGGACCAGAUAGUUUCCGUGGAAAUGAAGGCCAAUCAGAUGGGGUUGUUCCAAGACAAGGGGGAGGGGCUGGUGUGAGGGAACGACCGCUCUCUGCCCGGCUGGCUGGUCCGACCAAUCAGCAUGGAGACGGCAGCUUCCUAAAUCCACCGAUUCACCACUCGUCCUCUCUCAAUCUGCAAACGGAGAGAUCCGCAGAGAGAGAAAGAGAGCGAGGGAGGACUCCCGUCUCUCGGAACGGCCCCACCUCAUCCUCCUCCUACCACCAUCGCGGAGAGGUUGCCAUGGUAACUCCUGUCAGGGCUGUGCCUGCCACACGGCCUGAUGAAGUCCCAGAGCAUGAGGAGGUGUCAAGGGAGGGGCGACAAGGUGACACCUCCCACCUAAAGAAAGAAAGUGAGAGUGCAAGGUGUGGCUCUGUCGAACGCCCAAAAAGCACGCCUGCUUCCCCUGACCCCAACAACGACCCUCAGACUGUGUGGUAUGAGUACGGUUGUGUCUAAACUCUGACACUAAUGGAUGUUAAUGGGUGUGGCUGUGUCUAAAGACGGGGACCAAAUACUCAAACUACAGUCUGCAGGUGCUGAAUGAAUACUGGAGCUUUACAGGUCCAAACCCUCAGACCAGUAAUCAGUCUCUGGACUGUGCUCUUUUGAUUGUGGAUGAAUGUUAUAACUCUUAAAGGUCUACGGUUAUGCUUUGCUAAAAUAUAACAUCAACUGGAAAUGAGUCUAAACCCUGGAGAGCAAAGCCAAAUUUAAACACUUACACAGCUCUACGCGAAGGAGUCGUGAGUUUAUUUUGUGUUUUCAGGAGCAAUCUUUUGUAGUUUAACAACCAAACCUGAUUCCAUACACCACCUGCCAAUACAGCCUAUAAAAACGGUCUAUCGGGAAGCUUUCUCAAGCUGCCAGGGAUGUCCGCUGCACCUAAACAAUCACGCCACAACUCAACUUCUGGAUCUGCAGAGUCAAUUUCCUCUCACCAUUUUUCAUCACAAGCUGACUCUCUCAUCUGAGGGGGUGCGAUAUAGAUUUGAGCUCAG